CCCAAUCGCUACCUCUUUGACUGUCUACAUCUCUAGCUAUAUGGGAUUAUGGUUGGUAGUCAAGAACAAUUUCUGGACUUAUGGAACUAAUUUUAUAUCAGCACCAGGCAGGUGGAGGUUAUUGCAGCUGGGCCAACGCUAUGGGAUCUACAUUAAUGCUCAACUUUAGACAAAUGCCUCUCUAUGAACAAUUUUCUCAAACACAGGGUAAUCAGGAAGCUACAGCACCUCCCGAUACAAUGGCUCAACCUUACGCCUCUGCUCAGUUUGCCCCACCCCAAAAUGGUAUUCCGGCAGAAUACACAACUCCACAUCCUCAUCCUGCUCCAGACUACACAGGACAGUCCACAGUUCCAGAGCACACGUUAAGUUUGUACACCCCGGCACAGACACACUCUGAACAGAGUGCUACGGAUUCAAAUGCACAAACUGUCUCUGGCACAGCAACACAAACAGAUGAGUCAGCACAGACUGACGGACAACAACAGACACAGUCUUCCGAAAAUACAGAAAACAAAACACAGCCGAAGAGACUUCAUGUUUCAAAUAUUCCUUUCAGAUUUAGAGAUCCAGACCUUAGACAAAUGUUUGGGCAAUUCGGUAAAAUCUUAGAUGUUGAAAUAAUUUUUAAUGAGCGGGGAUCAAAGGGAUUUGGUUUCGUAACUUUCGAAAAUAGUGCUGAUGCGGACAGGGCGAGGGAGAAAUUACACGGCACGGUGGUAGAGGGCCGUAAAAUAGAGGUUAAUAAUGCCACAGCACGUGUUAUGACAAAUAAAAAGACAUUGAAUCCUUACACAAAUGGAUGGAAGUUAAACCCUGUUGUCGGUGCAGUUUACAGUCCUGAAUUCUAUGCAGUACCUGGCUUCCCUUAUCCUGCUGCAACAGCUGCUGCUGCGUACCGAGGAGCACACCUCAGAGGCAGAGGACGUACAGUUUACAACACAUUUCGCGCUGCAGCACCUCCUCCUCCAAUUCCUGCUUAUGGCGGUGUUGUUUACCAGGAUGGAUUUUAUGGUGCAGAUAUUUAUGGUGGUUAUGCUGCCUAUCGAUAUGCUCAGCCUGCAACAGCCACAGCAGCUGCCUAUAGUGACAGAAAUCAAUUCGUCUUCGUUGCUGCAGAUGAAAUUUCUUGUAACUCCUCUUCAGUUACGGACGGUUUAUGCUGCCGACCCCUACCACCACACACUUGCUCCAGCAGCCACCUACGGCGUUGGUACCGUGAAUGCUUUUGCACCCUUCACUGAUGCCAAGACUAGGAGCCAUGCUGAUGAUGUCGGUCUCGUUCUUUCUUCGUUACAGGCUAGUAUAUACCGAGGGGGAUACAGCCGUUUUGCUCCAUACUAAAUGACAAAACCAUAAAACUCUUCCAGUGUGGGGGAAAAAGAAGCUUUCCGAGGCCUGGGUAUUGCAAUACAUGCAGUAGUGCAUCAUUUUAGCAACUCUAAAUAACUAAAUAAAACUCAAAGAGAGAAAAAUUACAUUUUUUAUCUUAUACCUCAGAUAUUUUGUUCUGUGUAUUUUAAUAUUGUGGGUCUUUAAUUUCUCAAGGUUCUGUAGUUGAUUGUUGGCUGUAGAAUUUUUGUGGUUGACCUAGAAAGCUACUACUGUAGAUAUGAAUAUAAAAAAAAAUAUUUUAGGGCCACAAUCAAGAGUGCUAUAAUAUGUAAAUUAAUUAUAUAUGCUAACUAUUAAGCUAUUGGAAUUAUCAUAUUUUGUAAGCGUGUGACUAUAGUAGUCAUUUCUGCAUUUACAUAUAUUUGCGUUUAUUUGGGAGGGCUAAAAUGCUGAUACAUCUAAGCAAAAAGGUUGCCACAGCACCAACCUUCAUUUAGUGACUGUCCUAAAUUAUUUAUUAAUUGUCCAGAGCCAAAGGUUGUGUUUAAAUUUGUGAAUUUGACUCUUUGUACAUAAAAUCUGAUGAAAUGCUAUCCUAGCUUACCCUUUUUAAGCAUUCCACCAGACAGUAUUCAGCUAUUAACAAUAAUCUUGGCAUAUAGCAGUUAAAAAAAAAAAAAGAAAAUACAAAAAAUCACAUGAAAAAAAAAUAAAAAAGAGUGAAAACAAGAAAAAAAUAUAUAAAAAAGAUAGAAACAAAAAAAGCAAACAAGCUAGUUAGUUCAUCUACAUUCUUUUUAUAUUUCUUCCAGUACAAUAAAUUAUUGAUAUCAUUGCUGAUUUUAUAAUGUGGGAGGGGGAGUAUUAUUAAAAAGAUGACAAAAGCACUGGUUUCUCUUUUUUUUCUUUUUUUGAAAGUUCUAAAGGGAGAGUAAUAAAAAAAAAAACUUAAAUUGUUUGUACCAUUAAAAUGUACAAAAUUUACAUCUGUGCAGUGGAGUUGUUAGUGUUCUAAAAAAUUAGCACAGCCUAUUAUUGAGCUUUAGUUUUAGCCUAUUAGAACAACUAUUAGAGAAAGUUAUCAUUUUUAUGGAGUUACUUAAAAUAUAUUCAAGAUUUAUAUAACAUUUUACAAGUAAUACAUUCAUUAUGUAGAGAUAAUCACGGUAUUUUCAAUUGCUUGGUUGCUGCUUUUUUAAAACAUUAUACUGUGUAAACAAUCCUGCAAUUUUUCAGUUGUACAACCUCUAUCUAUGUAACUUACUGAAAAGAACGUUUUGAAUACAGUAUGUCAGUUAAUUUAUAUAACUGACCCCCAGUAACCAAUCUUUAUUACUUAGUUUUAAGCAGACCUUAUAAAUCCAAACUUUCUAGAAAAUAUGGAUGUGAUGUACAAGUUAGUUUAUUAUUCAUGUUUACUAAACCAUAUCCUUAAGAACGCUUUUUUUUACUGAGAGAGUGUCAUCUAUUUCAAUUAUAUGGGUCUUAUAACGUUUAUAAUUAUUUAUUUUAUUUCAAGUGAGUGGUAGUUUACAGCUAAAAUUACUCUAUUAGGCGUAUGUUAUAUUUAAUUAGGGAAUCCUAUUUUAACAGACUAUUUAAUAAUUUAUCUUAUCAAAUUUAGUAUACAUUCAACUAUUUUGAAACGGCUGAGAAAAAAAAAUAUCAUGGCAAAAGCUUGAAAAAAAACAACUAAAUGAUAAUUAAUAAUAUAAUGAAUUUGGUCAAAGUGUAUUAGUUAAUAAACCUAUAAUGUACAGGCUAUUAAGCAGAAAAAAAUAGACAAAAUGUCUCAAAUUUAAAACAAUGGGCAUAUAAGCAAAUGUAUCAAAAUGUUCUUAGUAAGUUUCAAAACUGUCAGUUUAAAAAACAUCUAUUGCUAUCAAAUGGGACUAAUAUUAAAUCAACAUAUCAAUAAUAUUUAAAAUGUAUGCAACGUAUUCCCCCUUCAUUAUUGAUAUGUUUUUUUAUAGUAUAAUACAUACAAGGAGACAGAUUAUAAAAUGUUAUAACUAGAAGGACUGGUAAGAGAAUAAAAUCUGGUGGUCAACAAUAUAUUUUGCUAGACACAUUAAGUGAUAUAUAUUUCUUACUUGGGGUUCCAUUGACAUACUAAAUGUCACAUUAGCUAGUUUUCAAGAAAUAUUUGGAAAUAAGACUAAAACUGUUGUCCAUCCCUGACUGAGUCUACAUUAUGGAGCGUGUAGACUUUUUCAGUGAAGGAUUUGACUAAUCAAUUCUCCUUUCACAUAGCAGUGAUUGUAAGGUUUAAAAAGCAGACCAGCCAGCUGGUUGUAAUGUAGAGAAGGCUUAAAAAUUAUAUAUUCUGGGAGGACAUCUACAGUAUUUUGAUCAUGAAACACAGAUCAGAAAUAUGAGGGAUCAUGGGGUAAACUAUCAUAGAAAAAAUAUCUUUUGCACAGUAAAAUGUAUUAAAUUCCUUCAUUUUAUCAGUCUUAAAUAAUGGUUCAAAAAAAUACAAAAGGAGCAUUUUGAUUACAGAUGGUCUUUAAAUGGUAGUGAAACACUUAGCAGUGGGAUUUUCUCUUUCAUGCACAUAAAAAUAUGCAAAUAGUACUUUUGUAAUGUUUUCUAAGCGUACUAUAGUAAAAAGAUUCAUAACAUAUAUUAUCAAUGAUUACUGGUUACGAUAUCAUCAACAUCGAGCACAGAUAGGUCAAGCCUAUUGUCCUGAGCGGAGAAAUAUGCAAUGCAAUUCAUAAUAAUCCAUUUGUCAAGUUACUGAAAAAUUGCAGUUUGUGUGUGUAUAUGUGUAGAUUCUCUUCCAUGGUGUCCUGUUUAUAAUCUAAAAUGAGCUAUGGUAAUCUCAUGAGGGGGUUAUGUUUUCUAUUUGUAAUAAAUGAAAUUAGCUAGGACGGGAGGGGGGUCAAAAUGUGGGUACAUUGCCCAUUCUUUAUAUUUUUUGUUCAUUGCAAAUAAUAUC